AAAUUCAAACUUAAAUUAGCUUUAUUGUAACAAGUUCUCCAACAUUAUCCAAGCCUAAUACACAACUCCUUUAAUUUUCAUGGCUUCUUCUAAGAAUUACUACAUGGCACCCUUUGCUAGUCUUUGCAUGUUCUUACUUCUCUUGUCCUUCACCAACACGGCCAGUGCUCAACGAGGGCUAUCUACGAACUUUUACCGUACUAGAUGCCCUAAUUUUGCAACCAUCGUUCAAUCUGCCGUUAGAAGUGCUGUCCGCAAUGAGCAGCGCAUGGGUGCUUCCUUGCUUCGCCUUCAUUUCCACGACUGCUUUGUUGGUGGAUGUGAUGCAUCCGUUCUACUGGAUGCCCAAGGUGGUGAGAAACAAUCUGUUCACAACGUGGGAUCUUUAAGAGGAUUUGGAGUUAUCGACACCAUUAAACAACGACUUGAGGCCGCUUGUCCCGGUGUUGUUUCUUGCGCAGAUAUAUUGUCACUUGCUGCUAAAGAAUCUGUUGUUGCGCUUGGCGGUCCAAGCUGGAAUGUUGAAUUUGGAAGAAGAGACUCAACUUCGAGACCAAGUGCAAGUGCUGCUGAUGCUGAACUUCCCUUUGGCAGUGAUAAUGUUCCGAACCUCGUCUCCUUGUUCUCUCGCAAAGGUUUCUCCGUCCGAGAAUUGGUUGCUCUUUCAGGUGCUCACACUGUAGGGCAAGCUAGGUGCCUACGCUUCCGUGACCGUGCCCACAGAGAACAAAACAUACUUCCCUCUUUCGCACAAUUCUUACAAAGGAUAUGCCCUCUAAAUGGCGGUGACAACAACCUUGGUCCUUUGGACGUUCGAAGCCCCAAUGCCUUUAACAAUGAUUACUUUAGGGAUUUGACAAAUUUUCAAGGUCUCCUUCACUCAGAUCAAGUACUAUUCACUGGACGUGGAUCCCAAACUGAUGCUAUAGUCCGACUCUACGCAAACAAUCAGGGAGUUUUCUUCAAUGAUUUUGCUGCUGCUAUGUUGAAGAUGAGUAGGCUUCGUGUUCUAACUGGCCGUACCGGGACGAUUCGAAGAAACUGUAGGCGUUAAGGCUGCUCCGAUGGGGUCAAUAUUAUUUUACCUUGAUGGUUACAUGAUUAUUGAUUAAUAAUUUUAUCUUUGUUUUUCGGUUGUGUUUGAAAGUAAUUAAUUAUGUAUUGAGUGUUGAGAAAUAAGUUUAUAUUCAUCAAUUUAUUUGCAAAAUAGGGUAUGAAAAUAAAAGAAUCAAAGUCAAAAUUGUACUGAAUUUGUAAGUGUUACGGUUUCAAUAUUCGGUUACUAAUAUUA